CAGCGUUUCCAGUAGCACUAUGAGAGCUGCUUUGUUCGGUUCGUGGUUCUGGCUGGUAUUGGGCCUGGGCUUGUUCCUGGUCAGCAAUUCCGGCAUGGUUUUGGCCAAGCGCUUUCUGCGCUGCGAACUGGCCCGCAAGCUGCUCAAUCAGCAUGGUUUCGAACGAAGUCUGCUCUCGAACUGGAUCUGCUUGCUGGAACACGAGAGCGAGCUGGACACCAGCAGGGUCACCACGAAUCCGAACGGUUCCCGUAACUAUGGAUUGUUCCAAAUCAACAGCAGAUUCUGCCAGGAGGGAAGACGUGGUGGCAUCUGCAAUGUCAAGUGUGAAGAUUUACUGGAUGAAAAUCUAAGGGAAGCGGCAUCAUGCGCCAAGCGCAUCCAGACUUCGGAUGGCUUUCGCCACUGGGCAGGAUGGCAACGAUACUGCUAUAACAGCCAGAAUCUGCCCAAUCUUAGGGUCAUCUGUGGGAUCUAGGAGGUACUACUGCUUGGGUUUGUAUGCAAGUCUAUAAUGUGGUAAAUAUAUUUCCUUUUUGCGAACAAUAAA